AUGCGGCGCGCGGAGGAGGAGGCGGACGCGCCCGCGGGGGGCGUCGCGGACGUGACCCUCGGUGAGCUCCCGAACGCGUGGCUCCCCGUGGGGGUGCUCGAUGACGACGGCGAGACCGCGGCGACGGGCGGCGAUCGCGUCGGCGGAGAGCGCGCGUCGCCGGAGCGAAGGGCGUCGCCGGCGAUGGAGGGAUUUAAUGACCACCCUCGCGGCGUGGCUCGCGCCGGCGAACGCGCGCUCGCGCCGGACGCGGAGACGGGCUCGGCGUGGCACGGACUCGGCGGAGACGGCGGUCUAGGCGGCGUUCUUCGCGACGCGCGCGUUGGAGGGGGCGAAAAGACGCACCCCGCGAGCGGCGCGAUCGACCUCGGGACGUCGCCGUCGCCGUCGCCGUCGCCGUCGCCGCCCCCGCCCGUGCCGCUCCCCGAGGACAUUCUCGACGACGACGAGAGCCCGGGCGUCGCGGGCGCGGGCGUCGGCGUCGGCGUCGGCGCGGCGUCGGCGCCGUUCGUCGCUUUCCCGCCCGGCGUCGGCGCGCGCGCGGCGCCGUCGUCCGCGCUCGCGUCGCCGUACGGUUCCGUCGGGUCGUCCGUCGGGAGGCUCAGCGGCGGGCGCGGCUCGCCGCCGUCGGCGGCGUCGGCGGCGGACGCGAACGGCGGCGGCGGCGGCGCGCCGGUCGUCGGCGACGCCGCGGCGUUGACCGCCGCCGCCGCGCUCCUCGGCGUGCCCCCUCCCGGCCCGCCGCCCGACGUGAACGCCAACCUCGCUCUGUUGCUGCUCCAGCAGCAGCAGCAGCAGCAGCAGCAGGCUGCGGCGGCGGCGGCUGCGGCGGCUGCGGCGGCGGCGGCGGCGAACGGCGGGGCCGCGCUCCGCAAAGGCCCGUCCGGCCCUCGACGCGCGGGCGAGGGCGUCGAGGAAGAAGACCAGGCCGUGGUGAACGUCGAGUGGCUCCCGACCGGCGGCGCGCAGCUGUGCGUGACGCUCCUAGCCGCCGGCUUCGUCAUCGGCGCGAGCGGCGCGAGCGUGCGCGAAAUCACAAACGCGACGGGCGCGACGAUUCAGUCGUGGACGCAGCAGCCCCAACCCGGGGGCUAUCACCGCCCGACGCGCAUCUUCCGCGUGCAAGGAUCCACGAGCGAAGUCGCCGCGGCGUCGGAGAUCAUUCACCAGGCUGUGGAGCGGUACAAAGAGCUCUGCGAAGGGAAACGACGCGGCGAGUUCGUCCAACGCCUGCAGCGGAUCCGAGGCGUGGAGUUCUCCUACCAGCCGCCGCCCAAGAGCGCGGCACCGCAAGCCGCAGCGCUCGGGGGCGUCCGAGCGCCGGGCGUGGGCGCGCCUCUGCUGCCGAUCAACGGUGGUUUCAACGGACUGAACGGACUGAACGGACUGUACGCGCCGUACGCGGGGCCCGGCGGUUACGGCGGCCCGCCGCCGCCGCGGCCGCCGCCGGGCGACCCGCCGCCGCAGCACGCGUACGACCCCGCGAUCGCCGCCGCGGCGAUCGCGGCGGCGUCGCAGUACGGCGCGAACGGUCCGGGCAGCGCACCGGACGCGGCGGUCAUCGCCGCGGCGGCGACCGCGGCGGCGCAGGCGGCGGCGCGCGUCAGCGCGCAGCAGACGGAGGCGCAGUUGUCGACGCUGCGGCGGCGGCAGGAGGAGCUGCAACGCGUCCUCGAGCAGCAGCGGACGUGGAGCGGCGUCGGCGGCGGCGUCGGCGGCGGCGCGAUGGCGGCGUCGUCGAUAUCUGCGUCCGCGGCGGCGUUUGACCCCGCCGCGACGGCUGCCGCGAUGACGGGGGGGGGAGCGGGCGGGUACGGGUACUCGUCCGCGGAGGAUCUCCUCAAUUUCGAGCGGCUGCGCAUCGGCAGCUACGCCGACGCGGGGGGAUACGAUUCGUCGUCCGCGAAGAGCGGCGCCGCGAACGGCGCGGCGUCGAGCGCGUGGUGAGCGCGCGCGUGAUACACUACUACUACUACUACUAUACGAACAGUUAUACGAACAGGAGAGCGCGCGCACGUUGGGCGCGCUCGAGGGGUACAUCAGAGCAAGCGAGGCGAGUUGUUGAACGCUUUUGAGUUUUCACGUUGAAGGAACGGUUGAGCACGGUUGAGCGGUCGGUUGGUUGAAGACGUCUACGACGUUCACGGCCGCGAGGUUGAUCUAGUAGCGGUUUGUCGACGAGAUGCGCGGCGGUUGAUUGAAAGCCCGCACUCGACGACGAGCUAUGUUGGUUAUUGAAUUUUGUGACGACAGAAAGACAUCUGAUUCUU